AUGGGGGCUCGAUCUCCAAAACUCAGGUUUUCGAUUCUCCCUGCGUGGGAUUGGAGGAAAAUGCCACGGUUGAAAAACGACAGUUUCCUUCGUGUAGUGGCUGCUGCACGCCCCUGGCCUUUCAGAUACGACGGCUACCACGACGGCUACUUGGAGAGACUUCCCGCCACGGUGUUCUGGGCGGAGACGUUGUCGAUGGCCUCCUUGUGGGUGUGGCUGCUCGCCGGCUUCUCGACGGCCGCCAUACGCCUCCUGGACGAGGAGGCCGAGGACUUGCCCAUGGGCCAGGAGGAUUGCAAGACAGGGCCUCUCAAAAAGCUGAUGCGGUCGCCCGCCCUGCACAGCUCGCUCGCCCAGGCGCACUCCGUGAGCUGCGCCGGCCUCUUCGUGGGCAUCCAGAUGCUGUGCCUCACCAUGGGACUAAUGCGGGGCGGCGUCACCGUGUGCGAGGUCUGCCUCAUCGUCAUCGCGUUGGCGUUCGCCUUCCCGCACGCGUUGCUUGCGAUGGAGCGCCUCAACCCUGUCUUCGGUCAGGUGUACGCAG